CAAUAAACCUCGACGACUGCACUUCCCCCGCUGCCGCCAAAUGGCGUGAGCCGAUGGAUCAACGAAUGAGUUCUAUUCCAGCAGCAGUAUCGAAUUCAGGAACUUCCAGCAGAAUUACAAGAGCGGCAGCCAGGCAAGCAGCCAGCUCUUCAGAAUCACCUGCUGCUUCUGUCGGAGCUUCCUCAGCUGCUUCAUCCACUCGACAACUUCCUCCGCCAACAUCUACAAGAAAGCGCAAGGCCCCCGCCCGCGACACAUCCCCAGCACCUGAAGCCGAACUUGCAAAGCCCUCAUCUGCGAGACGAACAAAGCGACAGAAGGUUGUAGAUACAGACACAGCCCCGCCUGCUCCUCCUGCUCCUCCAGCAGUUCCUCCAUCUCGCCGGAAGAAGGGAAAGACUGCUGCGGUUAUGUCGAGUCCUGGUGAUUCUGCUGGUCCUUCAAACGAACCCCCAGCUGCGGCCACGACAUCUUCGAAGCGGAAAUCUGCACGAAACAAGAAGGGUGGUCAAGUAGAUACGACCGUCACUCCCAGCGGGCGCCGAUCGAAGAAGACGAUUAAUUCUGCAAAAGAUGGGGACAACACUGUAGACACUGGUGUGGAUGAGAAGGGGCCCCUUCCUGGUGAAGAUGAUGUGAGCGAUGAUAAUGAAGACGAGGAGAUGGCCCGUCAUUACGAAGGCCGAGAUGAUGAUGACGAUGAUGAUGAUCCCUUCGGAGGCUUUGGUGGGCCUGGAGGACCUCCUCACGGACUGUCGAGCACACUAAGAGCCUUGAGUGGCAUGAUGUCUGGGGUGUCUACGAGAUUACGGGACAUCUUGAAUAAUUUGAAGCAAAAGGACGACCCAUCGCUACAAUUGAUUGCCCUCCAAGACCUUUCUGAAAUCCUCCUCGUAUCUACCGAAGACAACCUCUCCGGACACUUCUCCCCCGAUGCUUUUGUCAAGGAGCUGGUUUCGCUGAUGCAGCCAUCCGACUUUGGAGAGGAGAAUCCAGAAAUGAUGCUUCUUGCUUGCCGAUGCCUCGCAAAUCUGAUGGAGGCUUUACCUGCUAGCACAGCCAACGUGGUAUAUGGAGGUGCUGUCCCGGUUCUUUGUGCAAAGCUGCUUGAGAUCCAUUUUAUCGAUCUGGCAGAACAGGCGCUUAGCACUCUUGAAAAGAUCUCAGUCGAAUACCCUGCCUCAAUUGUACGCGAAGGGGGGCUGACUGCUUGCUUGACGUAUCUCGACUUCUUCGCCACAAGUACGCAAAGAACUGCCGUUACUACAGCUGCCAAUUGCUGUAGAAACAUUCCCGAGGAUUCUUUCCCAGUUAUUAAGGAUGUGAUGCCCAUUCUGUUGAACGUUUUGAGUUCAAACGACCAGAAAGUCGUUGAGCAGGGUUCUCUGUGUGUUUCUCGAGUUGUUGAGAGCUUCAGAUACCACCCUAGCAAGCUCGAAGAGCUUGUCAGUACGGAUCUUCUGAAGGCUAUCCUCCGACUCUUACUGCCAGGCACUACGAAUCUCAUUGGACCAAGUAUCCACACUCAAUUCUUACGAGUUCUCGCAUUCACAGCAAAGGCCAGUGCAAGACUGUCUGCUGAGCUCUUCAAGAUGAAUGUUGUUGAGACCCUGUACCAAAUCCUGACCGGAGUUUCACCCCCAGAUGCUACAGAGGAUGCGGCCUCGAAGCUAGAUAGUGUGGUCGUCAUGCAAGCCUUGAUUCACCGACCGCGAGACCAGGUUAUUGAAACCCUCAACGUCAUCUGUGAACUGCUUCCAGGAUUGCCUAAAGAAAUCGAGAUCUCUUCCGAAGAUCUCCUAGAUGCGGACGCUGCCUCGGCUGCGGCCACUAACUCCUCUUCGGGCUCCCGGAAGAAGUCCUCCAAUGAGAAGCGUAUCGAACUUCUAGAAGGAUGUAAGAAUGAAGUCAAGCGGUUCGCCAUUAUCAUAUUUCCCACGUUGACCGAUGCUUUCUCGAGCACUGUCAACUUAAGUGUUCGGCAGAAGGUCUUGACUGCCCAGAUCAAAAUGCUCUCCAACCUGGAUAAGGAGAUAUUGAUGGAGGCAUUGCGAUCCGUACCAUAUGCCUCAUUCCUUGCUGCAAUACUAUCUCAACAAGACCACCCUAGCUUGGUGAACUACGCUCUCCAAGCUGCAGAGUUACUUUUGGCUCGUCUUGAUGACAUUUAUCGAUACCAAUUCUACCGUGAGGGAGUCAUUGCUGAGAUUGCAAAGCUUGCCACUGCAACGGAGAGUGCGAAAGCUAUCUCCGAGGACUCUCCAUCGAUCGAGGUAGCAGAGCCUGUGGAAGCUAAUGGCACAGAAAAGAACUCCGAAAAGCCCAUACGAGGUGCACCAGGCGAUGACGAUGAUUCUUCGGAUGAGGACAAUGAUGACGAGAACGAAAAUGACGAGGAUAACGAGAAUGAUGAUAUCCAAGACGAUAUCAGUCCCUCUCCGAGCUCUCGUGGCUCUACCAUGUCUCUUGAUGGCCCACAGCAUCGCUUACCAACAGAUGCUGGGGGAAUGCAGCAACUUAUUGUCCAGCGAGCCAAGAGAUUUUUGGAUGUUCACGAAAAUGAAAAGAACAGUAAGAACAUGAAGAAGAAGGCGACCAAGAUCUUGACUAGUCUGCAAAGCUUGGCGUCUGACAUUGAAGCACAUUAUCUACAAAGAAAACCAGGCGAUGGAAUGAAGCUCUUCAGCACCCUCGCGUCCUACUUCGAUGGCGACGUCUUGGAGAGCGUCACGAGCGCUGAAUUGCUGAACUCGGAGGUUGUUCGCGUCUUGCUUGAGGUCUUUAGCAACCCAGACGAAAAUUUGAGUAACGAUGCUCGCUCAGCUUUCCUCGAGAUCUUUAUGGGAAGGACUGUUACGAAGAAGCCAAAAACUACGAGUGCUGACUCACCCGCUACACCUUUCAGUAUUCUAAUCCACAAAUUGCAAGAUCUUCUGAGUCGUUCAGAGCAUUUCGAGGUCGUCACCGUCCACCAGAACACAUUUGACGGGAACAGAAGUAGCGCUGCCUCGAUGCUAGCCAAACAAAUCCGUCUGAAGCUUGUAGCAGACGAUGAUUCCGAGAUUCCAAGACCAUAUCGCAACAUCAUGGUCUCGAUUCAUGCAAUUGCAACCUUCAAGGCUUUGGACGAUUACCUUCGCCCUAGAAUCAGUCUUUCUGAACGACCUCGGGGAUCGAGAAGAGAGGGUCUCAGCAGUGCACUAGCUGCUUUGGCAGCCGCAGGAAUGCCCAACCCGUAUGCCCAGACAGGUCAAAGCCGGCUCGUGGAGCGUGGUUUGGCAUCAGCCACUGCCGCUACACCAACAGCACCUCCCCCUGCCACAUCCCGCAGUUCUCGAAAGUCGAAAUCCAAGACCGGCUCAACCGGUGCUGCGGUUCCUGGGGGACCUUCCACUUUGGCAACUCCUCAGGACAAGACCGCUCGACGCUCCAGCAGACGUCAAACUCAACCAGAGACACCAGUACAGCCUCCCAUGCAAGAAGAGGAUAGUUUGGCUGGUGCUUUGGAAUGUGCAGAUGAGAGACAGCUCACUGACGAUGAGGAGAUGGAAGACAGCGCUGCUCUGGAUGCAAUUGUAGGCGAUCUCGAGGAUGAUAUGGAAGAGGGAUCUCCUGCGGACCCUACUGCAGUGAAUCUUGAGGUUGCUGCAGGUGGCAAAGUUACGGCACGGAAGGAAGAUGGCACUCGUGUUGCAACUCCGUCACAAAUUCCUGGAAGCAAUCCACGUACUGCCUCAGCUCUUCAAGCCGCCGCAGCCCAGGCAGCUCUUACAACGCCAAGUGCUUCUUCGCGGCCUAUGUCUUACGCCGCUGCUAUUCAAGCCAUUCCCCAAGACUGGCACAUUGAAUUCAGCUUGGACGACAAGGUAAUUGCGAACGAGACCACUAUUUAUCGAGCUGUCCACAGCACAUCAACUACGAUUGAUGAUCAAAACAGCCGCAGUGUAUGGUCAGCGAUCCACCCAAUCAAGUUCAAGCGUGUACCUGGCCCGCCACCACCUGAGCCAAGUUCUUUGACUCAAGCUUCUGAGGUGAUCACCGAGACUACGGCAUCUGGUAUCCCAGCCUCCUUGGACAAGCAUCCAGCUACAUCCUCAAUCCUUCGUCUUCUCAACAUUCUGCAUGCGCUGAAUGCCAACUUGGACGAUGUGUUGGCGGAGAACAAGGAUACUUUGAAGCUCAAUGCGGAACCACUGUCGCAAUUCGUCAAUACAAAGCUCACCGCUAAGCUCAACAGACAACUGGAAGAGCCUCUUAUAGUUGCUAGCAACUGUCUCCCCAGUUGGAGCGAAGAUUUGGCUCGUCUAUACCCAUUUUUGUUCCCCUUCGAGACACGACACCUCUUCUUGCAGUCCACAUCCUUCGGCUAUGCUCGGUCCAUGACAAGAUGGCAAAAUGCCCAAUCUGCGGAUGAGUCUCGACGUGACCGUCAUCGGGACGAGCGACCUUUUCUCGGUCGCCUACAGCGUCAAAAGGUACGAAUCUCACGGUCCAAAAUCUUGGAGUCUGCCUUGAAGGUCAUGGAGCUUUAUGGUGCAUCUCAAAGCAUUCUAGAGGUAGAAUACUUCGAGGAAGUUGGUACUGGCCUAGGACCAACACUAGAGUUCUAUUCAACAGUCUCGAAGGAGUUCUCCAAGAAGAAGCUCAAGCUCUGGCGUGAAACUGAAGCCAACGAUACUGAUGAGUAUGCAUUCGGUGUACGUGGUCUAUUCCCGGCCCCUAUGAGCGAGGAACAAGCCUCCAAUGAGAACGGCAAGCGCAUCCUCCACCUCUUCAAAAUGCUUGGAAAAUUUGUCGCGAGAUCAAUGAUUGAUUCCAGAAUCAUCGACGUAUCUUUCAACCCAACAUUCUUCCGCAUCGGUGACGAAUCAACAGCAGUAUCACCAUCUUUGGGAGCUGUGAAGACCGUGGACCCACAAUUAGCAAAGUCGCUAAAAUUGAUCAAGAAAUAUGCGAUUGCAAAGAAGGCUAUUGACGAAAAUCCAAACCUCACCGCCGCUCAGAAGGUGGCCAAUGCACAAGCACUGGAGAUUGACGGCAUGAAGAUUGAUGAUUUAGGUAUUGACUUCACGCUCCCUGGCUAUCCCAUCGAGCUUGUGCCUAAUGGUGCACGAACUCCCGUUGAUAUCGACAAUGUUCAGCUGUAUCUGGACAAGGUCAUCGACUUCACCCUAGGUACUGGUGUGCAGAGACAAGUGGAUGCCUUCCGAGUGGGCUUCACCCAGGUUUUCCCAUAUUCAGCACUGAGUGCAUUUACUCCUGACGAACUCGUUAUGCUCUUUGGUCGUAUCGAGGAAGAUUGGUCUCUCGAAACUCUGAUGGAUUCCAUUAAGGCUGAUCAUGGCUUCAACAUGGACAGCAAGAGCGUAAAGAACUUGCUUCAAACCAUGAGCGAGUUGACGCUACCGGAGCGUCGAGACUUCUUGCAGUUUACCACUGGCAGUCCAAAACUACCAAUUGGCGGUAAUUUUCUCGCCCAGUUUCGUUCUCCACAAUCCACUUACUAAUUCCAAUUCUAGGUUUCAAGUCUUUGACUCCCAUGUUCACUGUGGUUUGCAAGCCAAGCGAGCCGCCUUACUCGUCAGACGAUUACUUGCCUAGCGUGAUGACCUGUGUCAAUUACCUCAAGCUUCCUGACUAUACCGAUCUCGAUGUCAUGCGACGACGCAUGGGAACUGCAAUCAAGGAAGGACAGGGUGCUUUCCAUCUGUCAUAAGUUGCCAUUAUAAACAGGCGCAUAUGCGGACCGACAACGGAAAAGCGAAGAUUUUUUCUUUUGCCCAUGAAUUUACUUUAAGUUCAUUGGCGCAAACAUCAUGGCAUUUCAUGUAUUCACGAGCUUUCUUCCCCAUCAUGUUUUCACCCUUCCACCAUAUUUCAGGUAGUGGAUCGAGUCAAAUUGCAUGGAAGGUCGUUUGGGCGCAUCAACGUGGGAAAUUCUUUAUGAAAGGUCAGGUCUUUUAGCUUUUGCACUUCAUUAGAUAGAUGAAUGAAUCAAGUCAUUUC